AUUUCUCACCCAGCUGAAUCCAACCUCACUAAAAGCUUGCAAAAUGGCUUCUACGGGCACCGUCACGCAGCUCUCGAUUCCGCUGCCCCACUCCCUCGACACCCGCAUUCACAUUCACCUCAGCACCAAGGCCAAGGUGGCAACCCUCUUCCUGACCUCAGUGACGCAAGACGAACAGUCGGGGCCAGCGGCACUUGGCUCGUUCGUAUACGCACUACCAAACAGACUUGAGCCGGCUCAGCCCAUCUCAACGGCCAUUUACUCUGUGGAGUCGACGCUGGAGUUCACAACGAGGAUGGCUAAGCUGCUAGCCAAGAGGGCUAACAUGCCCGUCUACGUCGGCUGCUCCAUCAACCUUGGCGGCGCGGCCAUGAGCCUUUCGGUGGAGGAGGAGAUGGAAGCGUUCCGGGCCAUCGUCGACGUCGUCACGGCGAAACUCAAGGGAGAGCCCUUGGUCAACGGUGCUUGAACACACACGCACCCAACUCUCAAUAGCGAUGUUAUGGCGUAAGGGGUUUCUGGUCUACAAACUUGCGUCAUACAGUCCUGAUUCUCCCGCCCCUUGUUUACCGCUUUUUAUCGACCGCCACUUUCGAUCUUUGGAGGGAGUGGGAGCGGGAGCGAACAGGGGUGAGGCCUUCGCUGCUUGCGACUUCCUGAAGCGGAUUGGGUGACAGUCACACAAGGGCUUGGGGAUGUUGGACAUGCGGCGUGCCGGGCUCACGAGGAGGCCCCGGGGUCUGGACGCGGCGGACCGAGGGGUCAUGUCCCACAUGUGGCUUCGGGCCGUUCGGCUGCGCAUACGGGGCUGCCGGGCUCAGCGUGCAAGAGGCGAGGGAGGGAGAAACGCAUCAUCACGAACCGGUGAGAAGUUUGUACAGCGCGACGAAUGUUAAGGGGACGAUGGCGAUGGACCCAACGUCAUAGACAACAAGGACCGCCAUCUCUACUUCUUUUACGAGGCUGCGCUCGAGGUUGCUAUGACAGCGUGUGCAAAUAAUGCAAGUGAUCUAGAUGGAAGUUUGGUAGGCGACGUGUGAGACCAU